AUGGCCAAGUCCUUGCUGCCUGCCGUCCUGCUUGUUGCCUUCCUGGGCUCCACCCUUUCCUUCGUGGGCUUGCGGUCGGCACCGCGUCAGGAGAGCCGCAUUGCGCUUCGGGGACAAGCUGGUGCCUCCGCCACCCCAUGGACCCCAGUCCUCAGUCGGGACGUGGUGGAGAUCGAGUUCACUGCGCCUGCACAGGGAGCGCGCUGCCGUUUCAUGAUCAAGGCGGAUGCUGAUGCCAGUGAGGUGCUUUCCGAGGGCCGCAAGAGGCUGGGCUUCAACCAGGAAUGGAUGCCGGACUCCGACUUCAAGAUCUACAACUCCGAGGACGAGGAAGCCGGCCCUCUGAAGGGCAAGAUGAAGGACAACGGCCUCAUUGACUUCACCUACGAGGUGCAUCUCUACUACGAGCCCCAGUGA